AUGGCAACGGAUCAGGACAAUACCUCGCGGACCACGUCUCCACCACGCAAACGUCGCCGGCCCCCCAAGUCCUGUGACCCGUGCCGUCGUCGCAAAGUCCGUUGUGACCGGGAAUUUCCUUGCGGCCCAUGUCAGCGUGCGAGAACGUCGCUGCAGUGCUUCUACCGCCCCGCAGUCACUGCCGGCAGCCCAUCCGCAGACGAAUUCUGCAGGCUCACGGCUUCUUGCGUGCCGGAGGGACAUACGCCUCCUCCCCAAGCCAUUGACCUGCAGACGAAGAGCCGUCCACCUGCACCCAUAUCGCAAUCGCAGCCUCAGGAUCAGAAUCAAUAUCAAAACACGAUCAUCCAGGAUCUGCAAAAUCGUGUUCGGCGUUUGGAAGAACAGCUUCCCUGCCCUCCGCUCUCUCAAGGCACGACUGGUCCCAAUCCUAGCGUCUCUCAAACUCAGGCUCUGCGCCACCUUCACGACCGGGUUCGUGGAGCCGAACAACAGCUGUCUGAUGCAUCUCGGCCCAGUCCUUCGGUCAAUGGAUGGACCAUACCGCCCACGUUUCCUCGUCUGCGUAUCGCCCCGAAUAAAACGAAGCUUUUUGGCCCCAGCCACUGGCUGCAUACCGCUGAGAAAUUUCAAGCUAUUGGCAAAUUCGACGCCAAAGAAGUAGAACCAUCGUUGCAGGACGUGGAUACCAGAUCGGAGUUCGCCAGCAUCUUCAAGGACUGUCGGCAACUUCGCCAGGCCAUCAAGGACCAAGAGUCGGUUCGACUCAACCAUCCAGUUCCGGACUUGCUGGGCACGCUCCCCGCCCAAGCAGUAUGCGAUGUUCUGGUCAAUGCCUAUUUCCGCACUUUCGAGCUUAUCUACCGUGUUAUUCAUAUCCCAUCCUUCUGGAACGAGUAUCGUCAGUUGUGGACCCAGCCGCAGUCGACCGCGACCCAUUUUCUGAUGAAGCUGGUCUUGAUUCUCGCGCUGGGUACUACAUUCUACCCAGAUCGAAACAAUAGGGUGCAUCUCCGCCGUCUCGCACACACGUGGAUCUAUGCCGCACAAUGGUGGCUAGUCGGACCAUCGGAAAAGUCGACCGUCAAUCUGGAUGGCCUGCAGGUCGGUUGUCUCCUAUUGCUGGCCCGCCAGACGAACAGCCUUCCAGCUACGAGCUGGCUCUCCGCAGGGUCCGUGCUGCGUAUGGCGAUGGCGAUGGGACUACACCGCUCUCCUGACCUCUUUCCCGCGCUGUCCGUUUACCAGUCCGAAAUGCGAGCCCGACUCUGGGCGACAGUGCUGGAAUUGACUUUACUGUCAUCGCUGGAUGCCGCCAUGCCAUUACCUUUCUCCCUACAGGACUUUGACUGCACGGCGCCGUCGAACUCAAAUGACGAGCACUUCGACCCCGAGACCGAGACGCUUCCCACCCCGCAGUCGAAUCAGCAAUUUACCGACUCUUCCAUUCAGAUUCUGCUGCUCAAGUCUCUUCAGGUGCGAGUGGAAGCAGUCCAGCUUGUGAACAACCAACACGGCCGGGAAUUGUCAUACGAAACCGCACUGAGGUUGGGAAAUGAAUUGCGCUCGGCGUGUCGCGAUAUUGCCGCCUUGUUCUACAGCAGUCAAAAUCAGUCAAGGCAUGGGGGCCGCUCUCCUGGCAUGACUGACUUCCAUCUCCGAUUUUUAGACAUGUACUUACGUCGAUAUAUCUUGUUCCUGCAUCGGCCGUUCAUGAUCCAAGCUCGUAAAGACCCACGAUUCUACCUGUCCCGGAAGGUGUGUCUGGAGUCCUGCAUCGUGGUUGCAUCGUAUGCCGAUCAUCUCAAUUUACCAUCAGAUACCUUGGAUGACCUCUCCCACCUGACCAUUGUAGGAAGAGGCUCCUUCAAAGGUGCCUUGAGUUUUGAUGUGAUUACCUCCCUGGGGCUGGAAAUAGUCACACAACUUGAAGAGGAGGCUUGUACACGACCCGUGGGAUCUUCUGCUCCAUUUAUCGCCGAUUCCCUGGAUAAGAUGGCCAAGGCCCAUCGAGCACCCUUGAUCCGGAGCCUGGAACACAUUCAGGAGCAGCUGCUGCAGAUUAUUGCCCUCGGACAGCCCAGUCUCAAGCGAUACAACUUCCUGUCCGCCAUCUUGAGUCAGAUCCGUGCAAUGGAGUCGGGCCAGCCGAUCCAACCCGCCAUUUACGAGACCGUCAAAGAAAGCAUAAGGAAAAGUUAUUCCUUGCUGCAGGCCUCUCACGCAGCUAGUCCGGCGCAGGACUCCGUUGAGUCGCUGAAUAUGGGGACAGACAGUCCUCUAGGUUUUGACUUGGACGCUUUAGACCCUGCCUUGGGAUUGGAAAUUCCGAGCUUACUAUUUUUCCCGGGCAUUAUGAAUACGUUCAGCACAGACAUAAGCAACCAAUGCUAA